AUGGCCAAGACUGUGGCCUAUUUCUACGACCCCGACGUGGGCAACUUCCACUACGGGGCUGGUCACCCGAUGAAGCCCCAUCGCUUGGCAUUGACUCAUAGUCUGGUCCUGCACUACGGCCUCUAUAAGAAGAUGAUCGUCUUCAAGCCAUACCAGGCCUCCCAGCAUGACAUGUGCCGCUUCCACUCUGAGGACUACAUCGACUUCCUGCAGAGAGUCAGCCCCACCAAUAUGCAAGGCUUUACCAAGAGCCUUAAUGCCUUCAACGUGGGCGAUGACUGCCCCGUGUUUCCCGGGCUGUUUGAGUUCUGCUCCCGUUACACAGGCGCAUCUCUGCAAGGAGCAACCCAGCUGAACAACAAGAUCUGUGAUAUUGCCAUUAACUGGGCUGGUGGUCUGCACCACGCCAAGAAGUUUGAGGCUUCUGGUUUCUGCUAUGUCAAUGACAUUGUGAUUGGCAUCCUGGAGCUGCUCAAGUACCACCCUCGGGUGCUCUACAUUGAUAUUGACAUCCACCAUGGCGAUGGGGUUCAGGAAGCCUUCUACCUCACUGACCGAGUCAUGACAGUAUCUUUCCACAAGUAUGGAAACUACUUCUUCCCUGGCACAGGUGACAUGUAUGAAGUUGGAGCAGAGAGUGGCCGCUACUACUGCCUCAACGUACCCCUGCGGGAUGGCAUUGAUGACCAGAGUUACAAGCACCUUUUCCAGCCAGUUAUCAACCAGGUGGUGGACUUCUACCAACCCACGUGCAUUGUGCUCCAGUGUGGAGCUGACUCUCUGGGCUGUGAUCGAUUGGGCUGCUUCAACCUCAGCAUUAGAGGACACGGAGAAUGCGUUGAAUAUGUCAAGAGCUUCAAUAUCCCUCUGCUGGUUCUAGGUGGUGGUGGCUACACUGUCCGGAAUGUUGCCCGCUGCUGGACAUAUGAGACAUCACUACUGGUAGAAGAGGCCAUUAGUGAAGAGCUUCCCUAUAGCGAAUACUUCGAGUACUUUGCCCCGGACUUCACGCUCCAUCCUGAUGUCAGCACCCGCAUCGAGAAUCAGAAUUCACGCCAGUAUCUGGACCAGAUCCGCCAGACAAUCUUUGAAAACCUGAAGAUGCUGAACCAUGCACCUAGCGUCCAGAUUCACGAUGUGCCGGCAGACCUCCUAACCUACGACAGGACUGAUGAGGCUGAUGCGGAGGAGAGGGGUCCCGAGGAAAACUACAGCAGGCCAGAGGCACCCAACGAAUUCUAUGAUGGAGAUCAUGACAAUGACAAGGAAAGCGACGUGGAGAUUUAA